CGGAGGCUGGGCUCUAUGAGGAGAAAUGUGAAAGUCAACUUCAAGCGGAUUGAUGUGAGUCGAGACCUCAUUUGGGAAGCAUAAGUGUCCGAUAAACUGCAUUAUUUUUAUUUUUUUUUACACUUGGAAAAUACUCAAGUUCCAUCAGCUCUUCUCUGGUGUCCUGCUUCCUGCUUCCCGGAACCCUGGCGAUUCCAGGUGGACCUCUGGUAGAAUGAGCAAUGCAAAGCAUUGGCUUGGACUUGGCAUGUCCUUAUACUUCUGGGGAUUGAUGAACCUGACCACCGCUGCUCUUUCGGAUCCACUGACACCCCAAGGAGAAGUGGAGGUGACCCCAGCAGACAAGCCGCAGUCCCACCAGCGAACCAAGAGGAGCUGGGUGUGGAACCAGUUUUUUGUUCUGGAGGAGUACACGGGAACAGAUCCUUUGUAUGUUGGCAAGCUUCACUCCGACAUGGACCGAGGAGACGGGUCCAUCAAAUACAUCCUGUCUGGAGAAGGCGCGGGUACUGUAUUUACCAUCGAUGACACCACAGGGGACAUCCACGCCAUCCAGAGGCUCGACCGCGAGGAGAGGGCCCAGUACACGCUCCGAGCUCAAGCCCUCGACAGGCGGACGGGCCGGCCCAUGGAGCCCGAGUCGGAAUUCAUCAUCAAAAUCCAAGACAUCAAUGACAAUGAACCCAAGUUCCUCGACGGUCCUUACGUCGCCUCUGUGCCAGAAAUGUCACCAGUGGGCACCUCUGUUAUCCAGGUGACAGCCACUGAUGCAGACGAUCCAACCUACGGCAACAGCGCCCGGGUGGUGUACAGCAUCCUGCAGGGCCAGCCAUACUUCUCUGUGGACUCCAAGACAGGUGUGAUCCGGACGGCACUCAUGAACAUGGACAGGGAGGCCAAGGAGUACUACGAAGUGAUUAUCCAAGCCAAGGACAUGGGCGGGCAGCUGGGAGGACUGGCUGGGACCACGACGGUCAACAUCACCCUCUCCGACGUCAAUGACAACCCACCACGCUUCCCUCAGAAACAUUAUCAGAUGAGUGUGUUGGAAUCCGCCCCAGUCAGUUCCACUGUGGGGAGAGUGUUUGCCAAGGACUUGGAUGAAGGAAUCAAUGCACAGAUGAAAUACACUAUUGUGGAUGGAGAUGGCGCCGACACCUUUGACAUUAACACAGAUCCCAAUUUCCAAGUUGGCAUCAUAACUGUGAAGAAGCCCCUGAGCUUCGAAAGCAAGAAAAGCUACACCUUGAAAGUGGAGGGAGCCAAUUCUCACCUGGAGAUGCGCUUCUUGAGCCUGGGCCCGUUUCAGGACACGACGACGGUGCACAUCAGUGUGGAGGAUGUGGACGAGCCCCCGGUAUUCCAGCCUGGCUUUUACUUCGUGGAGGUUCCCGAGGACGUGGCCAUUGGAACCACCAUACAGAUCAUUUCUGCCAAGGACCCCGACGUGACCAACAACUCAAUCAGAUACUCCAUUGACAGAAGCAGUGACCCUGGAAGGUUCUUCUACGUUGACAUUACAACAGGCGCCCUAAUGACGGCAAGGCCCCUGGACCGGGAGGAGUUCUCGUGGCACAACAUCACUGUCCUCGCCAUGGAGAUGAACAACCCCUCGCAGGUGGGAAGCGUUGGUGUCACCAUCAAAGUCCUGGACGUGAACGACAAUGCUCCAGAGUUUCCCAGGUUCUACGAAGCUUUUGUCUGUGAAAACGCCAAGGCAGGACAGCUGAUCCAGACAGUGAGUGCUGUGGACCAGGACGAGCCACACAACGGCCAGCAUUUCUACUACAGCCUGGCUCCCGAGGCCGCGAACAACCCCAAUUUCACUCUGAGGGAUAAUCAAGAUAACACUGCCCGUGUGCUGACCAGGAGGUCUGGCUUCCGGCAGCAGGAGCAAGGCACCUUCUACCUGCCCAUCCUGAUCGCCGACAACGGGCAGCCUGCGCUGAGCAGCACGGGCACGCUGACUGUCCAGGUGUGUAGCUGCGAUGACGGCGGCCACGUCCUGUCCUGCAGCCCCGAGGCCUACAUGCUCCCGGUCAGCCUGAGCCGCGGCGCCCUCAUCGCCAUCCUGGCCUGCAUCUUCGUCCUGUUGGUGCUCGUGCUGCUCAUCCUGUCCAUGCGGCGGCACCGGAAGCAGCCCUACAUCAUCGACGACGACGAGAACAUCCACGAGAACAUCGUGCGCUACGACGACGAGGGCGGUGGCGAGGAGGACACGGAGGCCUUCGACAUCGCGGCCAUGUGGAACCCGCGCGAGGCGCAGGCAGGCACCGCCAAGACGCGGCAGGACAUGCUGCCCGAGAUCGAGAGCCUGUCCCGCCACGUACCCCAGACGUGCGCCGUGAGCAGCUCCGUGCACAGCUACGUGCUGGCCAAGCUCUACGAGGCCGACAUGGACCUGUGGGCGCCGCCCUUCGACUCCCUGCAGACCUACGUGUUCGAGGGCGACGGCUCACUGGCCGGCUCGCUGAGCUCGCUGCACUCAGCCACGUCGGACUCCGAGCAGAGCUUCGACUUCCUGUCGGACUGGGGGCCGCGCUUCCGGAAGCUGGCGGAGCUCUACGGGGCACCGGAGGGGCCAGCGCCGCUGUGGUGACGGGAGCCGGGAGGCGCCACGCCGGGCGCGUUCUCCGCGGCUUCGCGCAGCCAGCCACGUGAGCAAUACUGUGCAGGAGGGAGAG